GCAUCCUCCAUGGUUGCAACGACCUACGCUUUACGACAGCGAGGUUUAGUCUGAUUGGACGUUUUGUGCCGUAAACCGUGCCGGUUACAGAACGCAUGUGACUGAGCUGAGACGUCGCGUGUGUACAUCUGGAAUGUAAGUUACACCAAUAAAAACGUGUAUAUUGUGUUAUAGUUCGUGUUACUGGGAGGGAUAAAGCAAAGAAGCGCAUUACGUUAUCCACAGUAAUAAUAUGUGUUGACAUCUAACGUUAACGCAUUAGUUAUGCUAUAAGCUAGGUUAUUGCUUCGGGAAAAAAAAUACCCCAAAUCUCACAUUAUCCAGGUGAAGUAGUGAUCUAAAACUAACAUUAAUCAAGUUUAACUUAAUUAACGUUACAAAUGCAACAAGUAACGUCAUCGUAUUACCAGCAAAACGUGCUUACGUAUCAAAAGUAUAAAGUAACAGUCGGUCAUGAAACAGUGUUACAGUAUUCCUGGGUGGUUAGCUAACGAUGAUUAGCAGACGGAGGUAGUUUCUUGUUGUCUGUCUUUAUAACAGUGCCUCUUAUUGUAAGAAACUGGUAAUGUUUGCGUCCUAUAUCUCCCCCUGUGAAGUAGCAUAACACUUUAAAGACGCUAUCAGAUACACAUUUACUUAAUACCACAUUUUAGUGUAUUCAACGUUGCGUGAUAUUCACUUUUAACAUGAAUUGCCGUUUAAUGGAUGGAGGCUAAAUCCCCCAAAAACUCUUUUCCGAAAGACAGAAAGAAGUUCCCACAGAAAGGAAAAGAUUCCAUGGGGACCAAACUUGGUGGAAAACCAGGCGGUAAGAAGCCCUACAAAGCUUUCGACAACACAGAGAGAAAGGGCAGACCGAAGGGUGGAGAUGGAGACAAGCGGGAACACAAAUUUCCUUUCUCCAAGGCCGACGGGGGGCCGCAGAAGAGGACUAUGCCAUUUAAAGCGAAAAUAAAAGAAGAAGAGGAGGGUGAAGGUCCGGUGGUCAAGAGGAUGAAGGAAGGCAAGUUUGAUCCGAAGAUGAAGGAGCUGACGGAGGAGGAGCUCAAGAAGAACAGGCAGCAGAUGAAGAGGGAUCUGAAGAACAGCAGACAGGAGGCGGAGAUGAAGGACAUGUUCCAGAUCAUCCGUCAGUGCAAACAAGUGUGGGGAGACCUCAGGAGGAAGAAGUGCGACAACGACGUGAAGAAGAAACUGAUGUUGGAGCUUCACGAUCUGAUCCGCGGGAAGAUCAAACAGAUGGCGUUUGCUCACGACUCGGUGCGAGUGCUGCAGUGUUUCAUCCAGUUCGGCAGCCACGAGCAGAGACGGGAAGUGUUCGAGGAGCUCAGAGAUGACGUCAUCGGUUUGUGUAAGUCACAGUACGGCAAACAUGUGGUGAAAAAACUGCUGAUGUACGGGAACAAGGAGCUGGUGGCAGCGGUGAUACCGACAUUUAAAGGUCACGUGCGCACGAUGCUUCGCCACGUCGCCGCCUCGUCCAUCAUCGAGUACGCCUACAACGAUAAAGCCGUGCUCGCACAGAGACUCAUGCUCACCGAGGGGCUGUACGGGAACACCUUCACAGUCUGCAAGUCGUCUGUGUGCAACACCAUUGAGAAAGUUGCGGAGGCGAACCCGGACAAGCUGAACAACAUCAUUGACGAGAUGAAGCAGAUUCUCACACCCAUGGCUCAGAAAGAACAAGUGAUCAAACACUCUCUGGUCCACAAAGUCUUCCUGGACUUCUUCCUGUUCGCACCCGACAAACCCAAAACGGAGAUGAUUGAGUCGAUCAGAGAGUCCGUCGUCUACAUGGCUCACACACACGACGGGGCACGAGUGGCAAUGCACUGUUUUUGGCACGGGACGGCUAAGGACAGAAAAGUCAUCAUCAAAACUAUGAAGACCUACAUGGUGAAGUUUGCCACGGGAGAGUAUGGUCACCUGGUUCUUCUGGCCAUGUUCGACUGCGUGGACGACACCAAGCUGGUCAAACAGGCCGUGCUCUCAGAGAUCUUGGCGUCUCUGGAUGAGGUCAUUGGUAAUAAAUACGGUAAGAAGGUUUUGCUGUACCUGCUGACUCCCAGAGACCCUGCUCACCUGCUGCCGGAGAUCAUCAAGGUGCUGCAGCAAGGAGACGGAAACGCACACAGUAAAAAGGACAUGGCGGUUCGGAGGAAGGAGCUGCUGGAAGUCGUCUCCCCCCCGCUGCUGGAGCACCUCCAUGACAACGCCGCCACCAUGGUGACGGACAAGGCGUCCAGCGUCACCAUCAGUGACAUCCUGGCGUCGGCCUGCGGGGACCUGCGGCCCGCCAUGACUGCUGUGGCUCAGCUGGCCAACCAUGAGUUGGUACCAGGAGGGACCAACGGACAGCUCCACAUGGCGGAGCAUCCAGCAGGACACCUGGUGCUGAAGUGGCUCAUGGAGCAGGACAUGACACUGGCCGAGAACGGCAAGGAAGAGCGGUUCGGCAGGAUACUGGUGGACACGGUGGGACCAGACAAACUGAAGACCUGGGUCAAAGUCAACAGAGGAGCCAUGGUGCUCUGCAGCCUCCUGAACAGCUACGACAAGUCUGUGGUGGCAGAGGUGAAGGCGGCGCUGGAGUCCAUCAAAGCAGAGCUCAGCAGCAUCAGCAACAAUAAAGGAGCUGAAAUCCUGCUGGAGAAUCUGAACAAGUAGAGACUUUUGAUUCCAAAACAGACUUGUGAUGGCAAAAGGCAUCACUUCCUGUGCAGCUGUGGGUCUUUUUCCCAGAAAACGCAGACAAGACUGCGAACGUUUUCAUGAAGUGGAUACACCCCGAAGCACCGUUGGCAAGUUCAUCCCUGAUGGAGAAACAUGAGUUUGUGUGUAAAUGUUGAGUUGUAUCUGUGAGUAAUAACAUAAAAGGUGUUCUCGGGAUG